AUGCGGAACAGAGCUCUUGGAGUAUUAGCGAUUGGAGGAGGCGUUGUUGUGGAAGAUCAGCCAGAUGUGAGUGCAGUGUUGUCUGCCUACAAUCAGCAGGGAGACCCGACGCUGUAUGAGGAAUACUACAGUGGAUUAAAACACUUCAUUGAGUGUUCCCUGGACUGUCAUCGAGCAGAAUUGUCUCAGCUGUUUUAUCCUCUCUUUGUGCACAUGUACUUGGAAUUGGUCUACAAUCAACAUGAGAGUGAAGCAAAGUCUUUUUUUGAAAGAUUUCAUGGGGAUCAGGAGUGCUAUUACCAGGAUGACCUGCGUGUAUUGUCUAGCUUAACCAAAAAAGAACAUAUGAAAGGUAACGAGACCAUGCUGGAUUUUCGAACAAGCAAAUUUGUGCUGCGUAUUUCCCGUGACUCUUACCAACUCUUGAAGAGGCAUCUUCAGGAAAAGCAGAACAAUCAGAUCUGGAACAUUGUUCAGGAACAUCUUUACAUUGAUAUCUUUGAUGGAAUGCCUCGCAGUAAACAACAGAUAGAUGCUAUGGUUGGAAGCUUGGCCGGGGAGGCAAAACGAGAGGCUAAUAAAGCAAAGGUUUUCUUUGGCUUGUUGAAAGAACCAGAGUUUGAUGUGCCUUUGGAUGAUGAAGAUGAAGAAGGAGAAAAUGAGGAAGGAAAGCCAAAGAAGAAAAAACCUAAAAAAGAUAGUGUAGGGUCAAAAAGUAAAAAACAAGACCCUAAUGCUCCUCCCCAGAACAGAAUUCCUCUGCCUGAACUGAAAGACUCUGACAAGCUGGAUAAAGUAAUGAAUAUGAAAGAAGCUGCAAGGCGUGUGCGUCUUGGCCCAGAGUGCCUGCCCUCCAUCUGUUUCUACACAUUCCUUAAUGCUUACCAGGGUCUGACUGCAGUGGAUAUUACAGAUGACUCUAGCAUGAUCGUAGGAGGCUUUGCUGACUCUACUGUCAGAGUGUGGUCUGUGACUCCGAAAAAGCUACGUAGUGUGAAAACAGCAGCAGACCUCAGUCUCAUUGACAAAGAAUCAGAUGAUGUCUUGGAGAGGAUCAUGGAUGAGAAAACAGCAAGUGAGUUGAAGAUUUUAUAUGGUCACAGUGGACCUGUCUAUGGCACCAGCUUCAGUCCUGAUAGGAACUAUCUGUUGUCCUGUUCUGAGGAUGGCACUGUCAGAUUGUGGAGUCUCCAAACGUUCACAUGUUUGGUGGGAUAUAAAGGACACAACUACCCCGUAUGGGAUACACAAUUCUCUCCUUAUGGUUAUUAUUUUGUGUCAGGGGGACAUGACAGAGUGGCUCGUCUGUGGGCAACAGAUCACUACCAGCCUUUACGGAUAUUUGCUGGCCAUCUUGCUGAUGUGACGUGUACUCGAUUUCAUCCAAACUCCAACUAUAUUGCCACGGGCUCAGCAGACAGGACUGUGCGGCUCUGGGAUGUUUUGAAUGGGAAUUGCGUGAGAAUAUUCACUGGACAUAAGGGACCAAUUCAUUCAUUGGCAUUUUCUCCCAAUGGACGAUUCCUGGCUACUGGAGCAACAGAUGGAAGAGUUCUGCUGUGGGACAUUGGACAUGGCCUGAUGGUUGGAGAAUUGAAAGGGCACACUGACACCAUCUACGCGCUCAGAUUCAGUAGAGAUGGGGAGAUUUUAGCAUCAGGUUCAAUGGAUAACACAGUUCGUCUGUGGGAUGCUGUGAAAGCAUUUGAAGAUUUAGAAACCGAUGACUUUACUACAGCUACUGGACACAUAAACUUGCCAGAAAACUCACAGGAGUUGUUACUAGGUACAUACAUGACCAAAUCAACCCCAGUUGUACACCUCCAUUUUACACGCAGAAACUUGCUGCUGGCUGCAGGAGCCUACAGUUCGCAGUAAACCGGGGAGCUGUAAGACUGACUGUGCCAAGUCAUUGCAGUAGUGACCUCAGGAUGUGGGAUGAGGAGGAAUGUCUUGUACAGGUAGACCUGGCUAGGCUGUUGCAGGACAAAUGAAACUAUGUAAACUAAUGCAAGUAGCGUCUGCCCAGUCCUGCUAUUUCAUAUUUAUCCACGGUUUGAAAAUGCUGGAGACUGACAAGACAUCGUGGCUGUAAAAGAAGGAAUUGUUUAUGGUGCUUUUGAUA